UGUGCUCGGUGUGUGUAGCUCCGUCUUUCCUCGGUCAUGACGCUGGAGGCGAUCCGCUACCGGUCCGGGUCUCUGCAGAUCCUGGACCAGCUGCUCCUCCCGCACCAGACCGUCUACACCGAGAUCCGCUCCGUGGACGACGCGUACCGGGCCAUCAAGGCGAUGAAGGUGCGGGGGGCCCCAGCCAUCGCCAUCGUGGGCUGCCUCAGCCUGGCGGUGGAGCUGCGGGCGGGCGCCGGCGGCGACGACCCCGUGACCUUCAUCAGAGAGUCCCUGUGUCACCUGACCUCGGCCCGGCCCACCGCCGUCAACAUGGGGAGGGCUGCCCGCGAGCUGAUGGAGCAUGCAGAGAACGAGAGCAUGGAGAAGAACUCUGAGCAGCUCAGAGAGAGUGUGAUCACCUGGAUCGAGGAGAUGCUGGAGCGCGAUGUCAACGACAACAAGAAGAUCGGUAACUAUGGCGCCCAGCACAUCCUGUCGGGGGUCCCGAGAGACUCGGUCACCAUCCUGACGCACUGCAACACGGGCUCCCUCGCCACUGCGGGCUACGGAACGGCUCUGGGCGUGGUGCGCAGCCUCCACGCCCUGGGCCGUCUGAAGCGGCUGUACUGCACGGAGACGAGGCCGUACAACCAGGGCGCCCGUCUGACGGCGUACGAGGCGGUGGCUGAGGGGCUGCCCGCAACGCUCAUCACCGACAGCAUGGCCGCCCUGACCAUGAGGGAGAGGGGCAUCACAGCCGUGGUGGUGGGGGCCGACCGGGUGGUUGCCAACGGCGACACGGCCAACAAGGUGGGCACGUACCAGCUGGCCAUCACCGCUAAGCAUCAUGGGAUCCCCUUCUACGUGGCGGCGCCCAGCACGUCAUGUGACCUGAGCCUGGAGAGCGGGCGCGACGUGGUGAUCGAGGUGCGCCCCCCGGAGGAGAUGACCAGCAUCAACGGGGUGGCCAUCGCCGCGCCAGGUAUCGAUGUGUGGAACCCCUCGUUUGACGUCACUCCCCACCAGCUCAUCACCGGAGGCAUCAUCACGGAGCUGGGCGUGUUCCUCCCCUCUGAGCUGCAGGCUGCGCUCACCGGCCGCCUCACCGCGCUCUAGAGCCACCACCUCCCCCUGCUGGCCGACGACUGCAAUUGCCACUGAAAUGAAUCGUCCCAACUUUAACAGACACUUUGUCGUCGUACACACACACACUCACACUCACACACCGCUAUGGUUGGGCUGAGAUAUAAUUCAUUACACUGGUUUAGAAGAAAACUAAAAAAUAACAAAAAAACGUACUGUGUCAUGUCCGUGCAUAAAGUUUUCUUACACGCAUCAAUCACACACCACACACCACACACACACACGCUGCAGGGAUUUCAGCAGACACACAAGUCCUUCAUUAAAUUUGUGUUCCUUUUUUCGGCCUGAUUUCCUUCUCAUCUCUCUGUUGAUGUCGUCUCUUGUCCCGUCGGUCUGUGGACUCCAGGGCUCCAUCACCCAUCUGUCUGCGUCAGCCUCCUCACACCCACCUGCUCUCGGACGGAGGAGUUCAGCCCAGAUUGGGAUCAGACCCGCCGGCUAACUGCUGCCACCGACCUGUACAUAUAGAAGCUCCUUAGUCUGAAUAUAGUGCACACAAACUAAGACGCUGUGUUUAAAGGUAGCAGUCAGUCCGACCACAUAUCUGGUCGGAUCUAAAUUUACCCCAAACCGCAGAAUGUUAUAUUAACAUUGAAUUUUUGUUUUUCUCUAUGUAGAAACUUUUUGAAUUAUAAUCUGAGCUAAUUUACAGGCCAUAUUCCCUUUUAAUAGAUCAAUUGUGUAAUGUGAUGAUUAUAAUUUUAAAAAAAACAUGCACACACACAAACGCACACACAUUGCCACCACUUUAACUUUGUGAGGAACAUGUAGUGAGGCUGUGAGGAACACGAGGAACAUGUAGUGAGGCUGUGAGGAACAUGUAGUGAGGCUAUGGGGAACAUGAGGAUCAUGUAGUGAGGAGGAGCAGCUCCUUAGAGCUCCUCCUCACUAAAAUGUUGUCAGCUCGUGUAUUUCUGUUUCUACCGGUUCAACUGUUUUCGGAAAUUAGUUGCAAUGUUUUAUCAUUGUUUCUAUUCAUCUCUUUUAUUUAAUAAGGCAGUCAUGGAGCUCACCCUGGCGGGUUAUUUCUUUGGAGCUUCAUUUGGCGCAGGUUUGACUCUAGGCUUGGUCUUCAUCUUUAAAGGCUCAUUGUAGUGGGAGCCUGUCCUCCCCACUGGUCUGGUGCUUUAAACCAGUGGCCGUGUUUUCAUCUCUCAGAAGAGAACCUCUGUCUGGGUUCUACGUCUCCAACUGGGAUCAGAACGCGGGUCCAAAGAACGACUUCCUCUCUAAACAGAACAUGGGGAGGGAGCCAGGUCUCUGAUCCCCUCCCUGAAUAUCACCGGCCCCCUUCCCAGGGGCCCACCGGCCCCGUACUCAGGGGCCCGCUGCCACUGCCUUGCGCGCCCACGCCACCAGCAGGGUAACGCAGAUCACGGUGCUGCUGCAGUCCAUCGCUCUGGGAGCUAGCAUGCUAACACCAGGGACAUCCUGUUUUAAAGGGCGAUGAUUGUUGAAAGAAACUUACAAGAAGAAUGCCCUGUAUCGACAGGCAAUUAUGAAUUAAUGUCAAAGGCUUUCCACUGCUUCUACCGCACCAAACUUUCCCCUCGACCUUUAACCUUUGACCUCCAGUUCUGUCACUGCUGGCUCAUGUAAAUGCCACCUGCAUAUUGUGUUCUUUCUUUUUGUAUUCAGUGUUAUCCUGUGGGGGCUGGGGGGGGAACAUGUAGCAACUCUGUGUCCGCAGACCCUCAUUGGUUGUGAAAGUGUCAAUCACGUCUUGUUUAUGAUCUGUUUAUUCUCAUUUGUGUAUUCACAAAGCGUUUAGUUCCUAGUAAUAAAGCUGUCACCAGUCA